GGACAAAGAAACUUUACGACAUUGAAGCUCGGUUGAAGCCAUGCAAAUUAUGUAUGAAGCUGCCCUUCCUUGACAAAACCUUCUCAAUCGGCAUUUUGGGGACAUCGCAUCAUCACGAAGAGUCGUUCGCAACGUCCAGUAUAAACAGAGCUCUCAGUGCACACCCUUCCAUAUAUAUGUCAGCUUGAACUACUUCAAUGGAGUGCCAUGCAUAAAGACCGGGCCUAGAAGGAUCUAUCACCAUGAUGAUGAUAAGGUCUCAGUUCACUUCAGGGAGCUUUCAUGAAAACUUUCGGCGUCAACGCUCACAAGCACGUGUUCGAGUCGUAGCCGCCUAAAUGACUUGCUGUCACCUGUGCACCACUCCGAGUCCACUCUGUCCGCUCAUCUCAGACUCUUCCAAAUUUCACUAGCUUUCUUGGAAUCCAAUAGUACCUAUAACUUCCUCAUGUCACAAGUAUCAGCCACCGACGACGCCGAGGAUCAACGCACCCACAACGAUGAGCAGCUUCUCUCACAAAACGACGUGGUAGGGCUCAUCGAAGAGGAGAAGAUAAAUGUUGAACCUUUGGCGGAGCUGCCAUUAGGGAUCUCGAAUACUGGACCUCCACAGCCGGCGGCGCCUCUGACACAGCAAAGUACAUCCAAUGUUCCACCAGUCGAGGAUUUGACUCCUGAGGUGGCAAAGCUUGAGGCAGAGAAUGACGAGCCGACUCUAAGCGAAUUAGCAAAUGUCAUGAAGCAGGUAUUGGAUGUCCUCCAGGACUCGACGAUUGCGUCGAAGAGUGGAAAGGACAAACGGUCUCGUUUCUGGGGGGUGUACAAAAGGGUCGCAGAGGAACACGACAGCGAGUUCCUCGAGCGAUACACUACCGACAUGGACAUUGUCUUGAUCUUCUCUGGUCUUUUCUCCGCUGUCAGCACGUCUUUCAUCGUCGCCAUGGAGCCCAAUCUCAGUCCCGACCCUAGCGACACUACGAAUGCCCUCUUGAAGCAACUCGUGCAGAUCGGACUCGGCAAUCUCGCCGAGGCAGGCUCCACUCCCGCAGACCCAACAUCUAUGUGGUCUCUGAGCGCGCCGACCUUAUGGAUCCAAACGAUCGCAUAUGCGAGCUUGUCCAUGAGCUUGCUCGCUGCAUUCGGGGCCGUGCUGGGAAAGCAGUGGCUCGGGUACUACAAGUCGAACAGAUAUGGCCGCGGCUCGCAGGAGGAGCGAGGGAAGCGCAGGCAAGAGAAGUUUGACGGCCUCGUCACAUGGUAUUUUGAUGCCGUCGUGCAAUCGUUUCCGGUCUUACUUCAGAUCUCUCUUCUUCUCUUUGGGAUCGCUCUUGGCGCCCAUUUGUGGU